AUGACCGCCAUCACAAAUUCCUGCCAGUUCCAUGGUCGUGACGACGAGGAUGCCCCAGCUCAUAUCAAUCGCAUCACUCGUCUCUGCAGCACCUUCUCCAUCGAGGGUGUCAAUCUUGAUGCUAGGUAUCUUCAGGUUUUUCCGUUCUCACUUGCUGGACGCGCAGCCAUCUGGUUCGAUUCCCAGCCUGCUGGCACUUUCACUACUUGGGCAGGCCUUCGCGAUGCAUUCUUAGCCAAGUAUUUUUCGCCAGCCAAGGCAUCUCGCCUUCGUGACCAGAUCCACUCGUUUCGUAUGGAGCCAGAUGAGCCGUAUCACUUAGCUUGGGAGCGUUUUCAGACCUUGAUUACCCGUUGUUCUCAGCAUGGUCUAUCUGACUGGGCGUUAGUAGAGAAGUUCUACAAUGGACUUACUCCUGAGAUUAGGGCUCGUUUCGAUACGUCAGCAGGAGGGCAGCUUAUGGGAAAGAAGACAGUGGCGGAGUGCAAUGAUUUGUUUGAGAGUUUUGCCCACUCCGAUAUGGACUACAGCACUACCAGCAGGACUUCCAUUCCUGUGCGUACCACCUCGGCCGGUCGAGGGGUAAACCAAGUUAGCUUGGAUUCAUCAGUAGCUGCUGCAGUCGAGAGAGCGAAGGAGGAGUUGAGGCAAGAGAUGAGGCAGGAGUUGAGUGAGAUAAAGAAGAAAGUCGAUAGGUGUGAGGUUUGUCGAGGAGGACAUGAUACUAUUGAUUGUCCUACGAUCACUCUUGAGCAGGUAGAGUACAUAGCCGGUCAGUCUAGGGGUCCCACGAAUCCGUUCAAUAAUUCUAUUUCCAACUGGCGCGGUAGUGGUAAUUCGAGUGGUUAUCGUUCGUCUGGAAAUCCUCCUGGAUUUCCAUCUGGUCAGUAUCAGAGUAGAGGGCCCGGUAUUUACACGCAUUCUGGUUCAGGGCAGUUUAGUGGGUCAGGUUCGAGUGGUCAGUUUAUGAGUAGGGGACCGACUCAGGAGAGUCAGGGUAGUGGGAAGGCUCCUGAGGUUAGCCGCCCUCCUCGAUCUUCAGAGGACAGUAGCGGGCUUGCUAAGCAGUUACAGGAGCACCCACCGGGUCAGUUUUCGGGAAACACUUUCCCGAAUCCCGCGAAUCAGUCAGCGAAGGCGAUUACGACCCGUAGUGGGAAGAGUUUGGGAGAGGUAGUGAGAGAACGAGAAGUUGAGGAUGAGAGAGAAGAUGAAGUCGAUGAGGAGAUCGAGAUGGAGGCUCCAGCCCGUGCCAGGCAGCAGAAAUAUGCUCAGGAGUACGGGAAAUUCCUCGAGAUGUUUACUCAGUUGAAGAUAAAUCUUCCGUUCAUCGAGGCGCUUCAGUCUAUGCCUAAGUACGCAAAAUUCCUUAAAGAUCUUUUGAAGCGUAAGGAGAGAAUCGGUGAGCUUUCGAAUAUUCCAUUGACAGGAGGUUGUUCCGCGGUAGUCUUGAAUAAGCUACCAGAGAAGUUGACCGACCCUGGCACAUUCACGAUUCCAUGUUUCUUUGGGGGAGCCGUUACCCCUGCUCACGCCUUAGCCGAUUUAGGGGCCAGCAUCAAUCUGAUGCCAUUCUCGUUGUAUGAGCGACUUGGUCUAGGAGAGCUUACACCCACGCGCAUGUCAUUGUCCUUGGCUGACCGAUCAGUCAAGUAUCCUUGUGGGAUAGUAGAGAAUUUGUUGGUGAAGGUCGAUAGGUUUGUGUUCCCAGUAGAUUUCGUUGUGCUCGACAUGGAGGCCGAUGAGAGAGUUCCUAUUAUCCUAGGCCGUCCAUUCCUUCGAACCGCAAAGGCGAUCAUCGACGUCUUUGACGGUAAGAUUUCUCUUCGUGCGGGUGACGAGGUUGUCACAUUCGAGAUCGAUAGGGUGAUGCAACAUCCUAGCUGUGGAGAUGAUGUUAGUGGGCCGUGUCAUUCCGUCUAUUUUCUCAAUUCAUUCAUAUCUUGUGUCGACACGUGUUUCGAGUACAUUAGUGGAGCUCAUUUAGUAGGCGAGGGAGUUGUUGACGAGCAUUCUGAGGAUGAGGUAGAUGAGGUAGAGGAGGAGCAGUUUGAUGAGAGUGACGAGGUUAGUGCUGAGCCGUUAGAGCUCGAUGCGGUUAGUGAUGAGAGUACUCCCGUAGAGAUUCCACCGCCUUUAAAACUUAAGGUUCUUCCUUCACAUCUCGAGUACGCGUUUCUAGGAGAGAAGCCGAGUAUGCCUGUCAUCAUUUCUUCGAAGUUGACAGAGGAGGAGAAGGCGAGGUUGAUUGAGGUGCUUAGAGAGCACAGUGAUGCGAUUGCAUGGAGGCUAUCCGAUAUCAAGGGCAUUAGCCCUACUUUUUGCACACAUCGCAUUCUGAUGGAGGAUGUUUUCAAGCCUGUAGUGCAGCCGUAG